AAAGAAGAUGGAACUCGUAUCUGGUUACCGAGACCAGCUCAUAGCUUUUUCCGAGACCAUGGCGCAGUGGUAUCGCUCCUUCCAGACCUGCCCCAAGACGCACUGCGAGAAGAGAUGUCUGAGUGACACUUGGGGAUAUGGUCCUCCUCGUUACCCCAUCGACGAGGCCUCUCCUCUUUGGAUUCUGCACCUGUUGGACUGCACUGCAUCGCCCCCUGCUGUUCACAGCCGUCUCAGCCAGUCCGAAAUAGACCCCGCCGACUUGACGCGUUGUGAGGGAGACAGUGUUUUGAUGGUGACCGACGCCUCUGGUCUGCCGCUGGGGUUUGAUGUCCUGUCACGUGGCUGGGCGGGAUCCCUGGGAGGAGGUGAGGCGGCAGGCGGUGACGGCAAAGGAGCGGUGGGAACAACGCAAAGGAUGGUGGGACUUCUCCGCCGCUGCAUGGAGGCUCCGAUGAGUGGCGGAUUACCACGCCGACCCCAGACUCUUAGAGUGAACGACAGGAAACUUCACAGACUGCUCAGUAGGAGUGAGCGGGCCUACGCCGCCCUGCGUGUGGUGCUGUGUCCCCAGGCCCUGGGAGACUGGGGCCCCACCACGCUAGAGCCCGUGAGCGGGGAGCCCGAGCCGCAGGAGUUCAGUAUGCGCUGGCCCUCAGCCCGCUACUGCCACGUGUGUAAGAAACAUUCCUUCCCCAGCCAGCUGAAACCAUGCUCGCAGUGCAAAGCGGUGCUCUACUGCUCUGACCAGUGCUCCCAGGCGGACUGGACGCGAAGCCCCGAGGACGCCAGCCACCAGCACUGGUGCGACAAGCUGGCCGUCUGCAUGAGCCACGCAGCUCAGCUGGCAGACCUGCCCUUCACCUACACCGCCGAAGUGACACAGGAUGACUUUGACAUGGAAUAUUUCUUGAAGAAGAACAAGUUAGACAGCGGCUAUUGGCUGCUCUGGAGCCUGCUGGUGCGCUCCCCCCGCUAUGAGCUUCACACAGGAAUGGAACAGUCCAGAGAGCCCGUCUCUGUAUGGCUAGCAGGCCACUUAGAGCCGUAUGGUCCGUUGUUGGAGGAAUCGGAUACUCUGCUCUGCAAAGUGCCUCAUAACGCCCCAAGCCUCAGUUCCCCACUCGUGUCCUGGAGGCAGUAUUUUGCUUGGAGACGUCUGAAUUUGGCGUCUCCAGUGGCUGCUCUCCUCAGCUCUCCUCUCUCAAUCUAUUACAUUAUCACUUCUCUGGUGCCUCGCGACUUCCCUGAACUGAACAUAUUGAAGAAGCAAUCUUUGAAGAUCCAUAUCAUUGAGUCCUACCGGGAAUUCAACUCUCUACUAGUGUUUUGGGAGCUGUCAGUGCUCCUGCCCCACGUGAGCUUUGAGCUCUGCUUCAUAGGAGAGAGAUUGCCCCCAGAGAGCGACGAACAGCAGUACGUCCUGCAGAAGAAAGAAGGCCUAGUGACACUGGUCAGUCCCAGCUUUUCAUCAGAAGAAAGGAUUGAAAAGAAGAGCAUCCGGGUCAAAGUCUACAGACGGGUUUACCAUAUGCUCCAGGGUUCGAAACCUGACCUGGUGAUAGGAUUCAGACCAGCCAUUCCAUUGCAUGACUUGUGGGUUAGCACUCUCCCGAGGCUACAGACUCUCAGGGUGCCUGCAUAUUUCUGUGAGUUGAGCGAGCCGAGCUGCGAGGGCAGCCUGCCAGUGAUGAGUUCCGCCACUGGGGGCGCCCUUUCCCCUGCCCAUCUCAACCCCUUCCACUGCCCCCUACGCAUCUGUGGUGGAGAUAACCUGCUGCCCUGGUACUCCAAUGCAUUCAUCUUUCACCUCGUGUACAAACCUGCUGUAUCCUGCCCGCUACGGCCCUCUCUGGCCAAUCCCCAGCCAAUAGGGCCUGUCGAGCAGCAGCAAGCAGCCAAUCAGAGGGCAGGUGCAAGGCAGAGCCCGCCCCCUGUGCAGUCCAAGUUGACCCGAAAAGAGAGGAAGCAGGCAGCCCGGAACAUGCCUCGCAAACGCAAAUGAGAGCACAUGCACGUGACCAUGCAUACUCAUGCAUGUAAUUGUGUGCUGGUCCGACAACACAAAUGCACUAAAGACACCCAUGAAUACACAUAAUGCAGCCACACACAACAGACUCACAUAUGAAUCAGACGCACAUGCGCACUCAUUAGGAAAGACACAAUUAGAGAGACUUAUACACACAAGUAAGACAUGACACAGAAACACAUACACACACAGAAACACUUACAUACAUCCAUACACAAAACACACACAC